CUCAGUUUCUUUGCAUCAUUUCUGUAUUCAAUUUUUUAAAUUGUUUCAUAACCCUAUUGAGUUUUUUUUUUUUUUAACUAAAUUGACAUGGCUCGAAUGAACCGUCCAGCUCCUGUGGAAGUCACAUACAAGAAUAUGAGAUUUCUUAUUACACACAACCCAACCAAUGCAACCUUAAACAAAUUCAUAGAGGAACUUAAGAAGUAUGGAGUUACUACAAUAGUAAGAGUAUGUGAAGCAACUUACGACACUACUCUUGUGGAGAAAGAAGGCAUACAUGUUCUUGAUUGGCCAUUUGAUGAUGGUGCACCACCAUCCAACCAGAUAGUUGAUGACUGGUUAAGUCUUGUGAAAAUUAAGUUUCGUGAAGAACCUGGUUCUUGCAUUGCUGUUCAUUGUGUUGCAGGCCUCGGAAGAGCUCCAGUGCUUGUUGCCCUGGCAUUAAUUGAAGGUGGAAUGAAAUACGAAGAUGCAGUACAGUUCAUAAGACAAAAGCGACGUGGAGCUUUUAACAGCAAGCAACUUCUGUAUCUGGAAAAAUAUCGUCCUAAAAUGCGGCUGCGCUUCAAAGACUCCAAUGGUCAUAGAAACAACUGUUGCAUUCAAUAAAACUGGGGUGCUUGCUAUCAUUGCCUUGGAUGUGGAACUUGAGAAAGGAACUUGUCAUACAUAUUAGCCAACAUGUUGGCUUGGUGAAUAAGUCUAAUGAAGCUUGCAUAGGAAUCUUGAAAAGAGUUUUACCAGGCCACAAGCUUGACAAUUGCAACCUCUGUGGGUUACAGUCAGCCUAUUUGGACACUUAGCAAAAGAUUCUUGCUGUUCAGCAUUUAAGAUGUGCUUAGCAUUUAUACCACUUGACCUUUCCUGAAAUCAUGCAGCAUUGAGUUAUGUCUUUAAAUUUAUUCCCAUGCCAGAAUCCUGUCAAUAUAAGAAAUUUAGAAAGAUUAGGUGCCAAAAUACCCAGCACAAUACUUGUAUAUUUUUAGUAUCAUACAGAACUAAAAUCCCAGGAACUAUGAACACUCUGGACCUUAUGUGGUUUAUUCCUUAAGUCAUUUCAAACAUAGAAAAUAGGGCCUAUAUGAUUAUUUGCCUGCUCACUUUAUGUUUACAUCUCCCACAUUUGUACCAAUGUUCAUCAGGUUUGCUCAACUUUUUUUUUUUAAACCAAUUCUUACAGUGAUUAUUUAAUGUCUUUCUCCAAAUAUUUUGUGCUGUUAUGGAAAACCUCCAUUUGAAAAUCUACAUCAUACAGAAGCACAUGUCUUUAACGUCUCCAGACAAAAAAAGCCUUACAGUUAAUUUUAGUGUUUGCACUUUGGGGUGCAACUUACAGGGAGGGCCUGAAAAAAGGAUGGGAGGAGGCUAUUAAGUAUUUUUAGUAAAAUGUUGCCUUUGUCUUGUGCAGAUUAUGUAGAAUAUGCUCUUUAAUUUAGUAAAUAUUUUUUUAAAAGGUAGAGAUGCUUUGUUAUUGUAGCUAAAACAAUUCUUAAUCAUAAAAUUUCCAAAAAUCUUGUAGUUUUUUUUCAUACUUAUCUGAAGUUGUUCACCAGCUUACUUUUGUUUGAAGUGUGAUCUUUUCCCCUUCUCUUCCCAACCUCUCUUGCAAAAAAGAAAAAAAAAAGGAGUGGGUUUCUGCUAAUGAAUUGAGCAGACAUCUAAUAUUUUAUAUGCCUUUUGAGCUGUGUAACUUAAUAUUUGGAUACUUGAUAAUUUGUUUUAUUAUGUAAUUGAUAAAAUGGUGAUGUGUAUUAAUGUUAGUUCAACCAUAUAUUUAUACUGUCUGGGAAUGUGUGGUUAUAGUUCUGUGGGAGAAAUAAUUUGUCAGUGUUCACCAGCUUGUAAAAAUCUAGUGCGAAAGCUUAAACAUCUAAAUAAAUAAUGAAGUGCA